AAAGGAUUCUUUUCCACGUGCAACUAACGCUGGAUUGAAAUACGAGUUAAAAUACCGCAUCUAUCAGAGUGUUACAGAAAAUGGUUGUAUUUACCUGUAACAACUGUGGCGAUACAAUACAAAAGCCGAAAGUUGCGAAACACUAUGAAUUUCAUUGCCGUACCGCUCAGUUUUUAACGUGUGUUGAUUGUUUCAAAGAUUUCCGGGGUGAGGAAUAUAUAGCACACACAAAAUGUGUAACGGAAGCUGAAAGAUAUGGUGGAAAGGAUUAUGUUCCAAAAGCUAAUAUAAACAAGGGUGAAAAGAAGCAACAGGAAUGGCUCAAUAUAGUAAAUAACGUAUUAAACAGUCAAACAAAUUUAUCAAAAUCAGAGAGAACCUUUUUAAAUGCUUUGUCAAGACAUGAAAAUAUUCCACGAAAGAGAACUAAAUUUUUAAACUUUGUACAAAGUGCUCUGGGUCCAAGAGUAAAUCAAGCAGUAGUUGAAUGUGUUUGGAAUAAAAUGGAAGCAGCUUAUAAAAACACUCAAAAUACUAAUACAAAACAGGAGCAGCAAAAUGGUAAAAUAAAUAAGGAGAUAAAUGACAAAGAAGAUAUAAGUACACAUCAUGAAAGUAAUGUUAUUGAAAAUCAAAAUAAUGAAAAUAUAUGUAGAGAAAAUAAGAAUGAAAGUCAUGAAAAUAAAUGCAAUGAAUUAAAUGGGACAUGUAACAUUGCUGAUAAUGGUAACAUUAACAAGGUUAAGAAAAAGAAAUCAACAAAGAGAUCAGUAUCUGAAACGGUGCAAGAACAAUCUGAAGAACCUGUGGAGAAGAAAAGGAAUCUUGUUCCAGCAGUUACAGAUGAACCAGUUACCAAGAAGAAAAAUAAAAAAGGUGCUGCUACAGAAGAACCAGUUCCUACAGUAAAAAGUGAAGAUCCUAUACUUUCUGAGUCACUUGUUGGUCAAUCUGAUAGUACUAUAGAUAAAUCAAACUUUAAUUGGGGAGAUACUAUUCUAGACAUAGUAAAAAGUAAAGGAGAAAUUUCCUUAAAAAAAUUACAGAAAAAAGUAAUUUCACAGUAUAUGAACUUCAGUUCAAAUGCUGUAACGCAUGAAAAAGCAUCUAGUAAAUUUAAUAAAAAACUGAAAAAAGUAUCAGGAAUAAUAGUUUCUGAUGAAAAAGUAAAAUUAGCUUAA